AUGACAACCCUCAACGACCUCGCCAAAACCCUCCGCGCCCUCCACAAUCCUUCCAACCCACUAGUCCUAACAAACGUCUACGACGCCCCAACCGCCAAAAUCAUCGCAGCCCUCCCCACCAGCCGGGCCGUCGCAACCGCCUCCUACGCGGUCGCUGCAACCCACAACACCCUAGACGACCACCUCACCAAGACCCAAAACCUCACCACCCUCGCCCUGGUCCUGUCCGCCGUGCACGACACCUGCGCCUCGCACGCGCAGCCCACCAAACCCGUCACGGUGGACCUGCAGGACGGCUACGGAGCCGAUCUCCCCGAGCUAGCCGCCACAAUCAAGGAGAUCAUCGCGCUCGGCGCCGUCGGUUGUAACCUCGAGGACUUGGAUAAUGCCUCAGGCAGACUCCGCCCGCUGCCCGAAGCUGUGGCGCGCGUCCGCACGGUCAUGGCGGCCGCGGCGGAGGUUGGCGUGCCGGAUUUUGUGCUGAAUGCCCGGACGGAUGUGCUAGGUGUGACGGGGCGGAUUGAGGAUGCGGUUGAGCGUGGGCGUGCGUUUCGUGAGGCGGGGGCUUGUACGGUGUUUGUUUGGGGUGGUGCUGGGGGGCGUGGGGUUUCGGAUGAGGAGGUUAGGGUGUUGGUGAAGGAGUUGGAGGGCAUGGUUAAUGUUAAGAUGAAUUUGAGAGAAGGGUUUUUGGGGGUGCAGGAGAUUAAGCGAUUGGGGGUGGCGAGGAUUAGUGUUGGGCCGGAAUUGUGGAGGGUUGCCAUGAAGGCGUAUCAGGAGCAGGCGGAGUUGUUGCUGGCAUGA